AUGUUGGUUUUGGCGGCGAGAAAUGUGGGAGCGAAGAGUUUUGUGAGAGGUGAGAUUUUUGGGGAAUUUAGGGCUGAAAAUAUCCUUAAAAUCGAAAAUUUCGGUUGAAAAAUGUUUUUUUUACAUUGAAAGAUCAAUUCACCAAAAGUCGAGAAAAAAAUUAGUUUUUCAGUCAAAAAUGAUGACAAAUCAAGAUUUUUGAAGCUUCUGAAGUGAUUUCUGAUGAAAAUUGACCUUCAGACGUUUUUGCUGAUUUUUUGUAAAAUAAAAAAUUUCAAAUUUUGAUGAAAAUAAGUUUCGAGAACUCUAUUUUAUCGAUUUUUCGAAAUUUUUCAUUUUACGAAAAAUCAGCAAAAACUUCUGAAGGUCAAUUUUCAUCAGAAAUCACUCCAGAAGCUUCGAAAAUCUCGAUUCGUCAUCAUUUUUGGCUGAAAAACUCGAAAAACUAAUUUUUCGUGAAUUCAAUCAGCCCUACUGGUUUUCAACCAAAAUUUGAAUAAAAAAGUCUCCCGCCAACCAAUUUUAUCCAUAGAGCACUGUUGCUCAUUCCAGGUCUCUCCUCCUCGUUCUACCAAGACGCCUUCAAUUUAUCCGAUCAAUUGACCGAAGAUGAGCGAUCGCUCAUGUUAUCAGCCCGUGAAUAUUGUCAAAAAUCCCUGUUGCCACGUGUCACUGAAGCGUACCGAAGUGAAAAAUUCGACGCAACUUUGAUCCCGGAAAUGGGAAGUAUGGGUCUAUUGGGAGCGCCGUAUCAGGGAUUUGGUUGUGCUGGAACAUCCAGUGUUGGAUAUGGAUUGAUUGCACGGGAAGUUGAGAGAGUUGAUUCGGGAUAUCGGAGUACGAUGAGUGUGCAGACGAGUCUUGUUAUUGGGCCGAUUUAUAAUUAUGGAAGUGAAGAGCAAAAAGAGAGAUUUAUACCGGGUUUGGCGAGUGGCAAAUUGAUUGGAUGUUUUGGAUUGACUGAACCUAAUCAUGGAAGUAAUCCUGGAGGAAUGGAGACUAAAGCGAGGUGAGAAAUUUAUCAAUGGGGCGCGUUUGGUAAAUUUUAAAAAUUUUAAAUUUAUUGCAAAGUUUUUAAUUUAUCAACAGAGCGCAGUUGUUCAUUUUGGAAAGAAUGAUGUUUUUUAUUUUAUCAAUGGAGUGCGUUUGCUGAAUUUUAAAAUUUCGGAAAAAUUUGAAUUUUUAUGUGAAUUUUGAUAAUUAUCGCUCUUGUCAAAUUACUGAAAUUUUGAAUUUAUUGAACAUUUUGAUAAUUAUCAAUAGGGUGCAAUUGCUAAAUUUGAAAAAAUAAUGUUUUAAUUUUUUUUUCCAGUAUGGCUUCUUCGUCAAAAUUUGAAUUUAUUACAAAAAAAAUUUGAAAAUUUAUCAAUGGAGCGCUCUUGUCAAAUUUCUGAAAAAAAUUGAAUUUAUUGCACAUUUUGAAAUUUAUCAAUAGGGCGCAGUUGUAAUUUAUCAAUAGGGCGCAAUUGGAAAAAAAUAGAAAAUUUUUAACUUAACUUUAUUCCGCGAUUUCUUGAAGCCUCAAAUUUUAUUUUUGAAUUUAUUGAAAAUUUUUAAAUUUAUCAAUAGAGCGCAGUUGUAAAAAAAUCAUUUUUCUUUGUUUUUCGGUCCAAAAAAUUAAUUUUCCAGCUACGAUGAAACCUCAAAAAUGUACAAAUUAAACGGCACAAAAACGUGGAUUUCAAACAGUCCCGUGGCAGAUGUAAUGAUUGUUUGGGCUCGAAGUGCAAAACACAACAACAAAAUCAGAGGAUUCAUUUUGGAAAAAGGAAUGAAAGGCCUAACAACUCCAAAAAUCGAGGGAAAAUUGUCAUUGCGUGCAAGUAUAACUGGACAAAUUGCAAUGGACGAUGUUCUGGUGCCAGAAGAGAAUUUAUUGCCAAAUGCGGAAGGAUUGGCUGGACCAUUUGGAUGUUUGAAUAAUGCGAGACUUGGAAUCGCUUGGGGUGCACUUGGAGCAGCUGAGGAGUGCUUUCAUUUGGCUAGAAAAUAUACGCUAGAAAGGUAAGGGAAACAUCGAUAUUUUCGUGCUGAGUUUGUUGAGCAUUAAUUGAGUAUUGUCCAAAGAAAAUUAUAUUUUUCUGAUCAAAUUUUUUUUUGUUCAAAAAUUUGUAAAUCUGGAAAGGUCUUCCAGUUUUACAAAUCCAUCAUUAUCGAGCCAAAUUUCAUGAUUUUAGGCUUAAAAUGAUUGAAAUUCAUUAAGUGAGCAUUAAUUGAGUAUUGUCCAAAGAAAAUUAUAUUUUUCUGAUCAAAUUUUUUUUUGUUCAAAAAUUUGUAAAUCUGGAAGGUCUUCCAGUUUUACAAAUCCAUUAUUAUCGAGCCAAAUUUCAUGAUUUUAGGCUUAAAAUGAUUGAAAUUCAUUUGUUGAGCAAUUAUUAAGUAUUGUCCAAAGAAAAUUAUAUUUUUUUGAUCAAUUUUUUUUGUUCAAAAAUUUGUAAAUCUGGAAGCUCUUCCAGUUUUACAAAUGUAUAAUUAUCGAGCCAAAUUUCAAGAUUUUAGGCUUAAAAUGAUUGAAAUUCAUUAAGUGAGCAUUAAUUGAGUAUUGUCUAAUAAAAAUUAUAUUUUUCUGAUCAACUUUUUUUUUUGGUCAAAAAUUUGUAAAUCUGGAAGCUCUUCCAGUUUUACAAAUCCAUAAUUAUCGAACCAAAUUUCAAGAUUUUAGGCUUAAAAUGAUUGAAAUUCAUUUAGUGAGCAUUAAUUGAGUAUUGUCUAUAGAAAAUUAUAUUUUUUUGAUCAACUUUUUUUUUUGGUCGAAAAUUUGUAAAUCUGGAAGAGCUUCCAGUUUUACAAAUCUACUAGGGGCUGUUAGCCCCCAGGCGUAACAGUCUUCUCAUUUAUUUCCGUUUCACUUUUUUCUGUGAUUAUUGUCCACAGAACAUUGACUCACAAUCAAAUUUAUAGAAAAUUUCAAAUUUUUUUAUCAAAAAAUGAUUCGUGGCAAAAUCAGGAAGGCUUCCUAAUUUUUCUAAUGGGACGAUGCGCGAAGAAAAAAAACGUCAAAAAACGUGUUUCGAAACAUAAAAAUACAAUGCACGAAAUGACGCAAAACGUAGCGAAACUCGAGUUUUUCGACAUUGAAAUGUCGCGAAACAAGUAUUAUUUUUCUCAAAAUGUGGAAAAAAUAUAGAUUGUUUUUGUAGAAAAAACAUAUCAGGGGUUGAAAAAGGAUAUUAAUUUACGAAAAUUGGCAAUAAAAACUUCUGAAAAGGAAUCUUCGUCAAAUGAAAAUAUUAUAUGUGAAAUGCAUUUGCCACGUCUCAUGUUCCCGGAGAAAAUAGUGGUGAAAACCGUUAUAAACAAGUAAAAACAUUGUAAGAUCCGAUCUCCAGUGUCUGUGGUUUCAGUACGAUACAAAAAAACAUGCUUGUUUCGCGACAUUUCAAUUUCGAAAAACUCGAGUUUCGCGACGUUUUGCGACAUUUCGUGCAUUGUAUUUUUAUGUUUCAAAACACGUUUUUUGACGUUUUUUUCUUCGCGCAUCGUCCCAUAAAAAAAUUUUUCUUGAAAAAAACUCGGGCCGAUUUUUUUUUGAAAAAACUCGGGCCGAUUUUAUUUUGAAAAAACUCGGGCCGAUUUUUCUUGAAAAAACUCGGGCCGAUUUUUUUUUGAAAAACUCGGGCCGAUUUUUUUUUUACAUUUUUGGAUUAUUCCAAAUCUGUAACUUUUUUUUGAAAAAUCUCGGGCCGAUUUUUUCUUGAAAAAACUCGGGCCGAUUUUUUUUUGAAAAAACUCGGGCCGAUUUUAUUUUGAAAAAACUCGGGCCGAUUUUUCUUGAAAAAACUCGGGCCGAUUUUUUUUUGAAAAACUCGGGCCGAUUUUUUUUACAUUUUUGGAUUAUUCCAAAUCUGUAACUUUUUUUGAAAAAACUCGGGCCGAUUUUUUUGAAAAAACUCGGGCCGAUUUUUUUUUGAAAAACUCGGGCCGAUUUUUUUUUUACAUUUUUGGAUUAUUCCAAAUCUGUAACUUUUUUUUGAAAAAUCUCGGGCCGAUUUUUUUUUGAAAAAACUCGGGCCGAUUUUUAUUUUGAAAAAACUCGGGCCGAUUUUUCUUGAAAAAACUCGGGCCGAUUUUUUUUUUGAAAAACUCGGGCCGAUUUUUUUUUUUACAUUUUUGGAUUAUUCCAAAUCUGUAACUUUUUUUGAAAAAACUCGGGCCGAUUUUUUUGAAAAAACUCGGGCCGAUUUUAUUUUGAAAAAACUCGGGCCGAUUUUUUCUUGAAAAAACUCGGGCCGAUUUUUUGAAAAACUCGGGCCGAUUUUUUUUUUGAAAAACUCGGGCCGAUUUUUUUUUGAAAAACUCGGGCCGAUUUUUUUUUUGAAAAACUCGGGCCGAUUUUUUUUUUGAAAAACUCGGGCCGAUUUUUUUUUGAAAAACUCGGGCCGAUUUUUUUUACAUUUUUGGAUUAUUCCAAAUCUGUAACUUUUUUUUUUGAAAAACUCGGGCCGAUUUUUUUUUUGAAAAACUCGGGCCGAUUUUUUUUUGAAAAACUCGGGCCGAUUUUUUUUUUGAAAAACUCGGGCCGAUUUUUUUUUUUUGAAAAACUCGGGCCGAUUUUUUUUACAUUUUUGGAUUAUUCCAAAUCUGUAACUUUUUUUUUUGAAAAACUCGGGCCGAUUUUAUUUUGAAAAAACUCGGGCCGAUUUUAUUUUGAAAAAAACUCGGGCCGAUUUUUUUUUUGAAAAACUCGGGCCGAUUUUUUUUUGAAAAACUCGGGCCGAUUUUUUUUACAUUUUUGGAUUAUUCCAAAUCUGUAACUUUUUUUUUGAAAAAUCUCGGGCCGAUUUUUUCUUGAAAAAACUCGGGCCGAUUUUUUUUUGAAAAAACUCGGGCCGAUUUUAUUUUGAAAAAACUCGGGCCGAUUUUUCUUGAAAAAACUCGGGCCGAUUUUUUUUUUGAAAAACUCGGGCCGAUUUUUUUUUACAUUUUUGGAUUAUUCCAAAUCUGUAACUUUUUUUGAAAAAUCUCGGGCCGAUUUUUCUUGAAAAAACUCGGGCCGAUUUUUUUUUGAAAAAACUCGGGCCGAUUUUAUUUUGAAAAAACUCGGGCCGAUUUUUUCUUGAAAAAACUCGGGCCGAUUUUUUUGAAAAACUCGGGCCGAUUUUUUUUUUACAUUUUUGGAUUAUUCCAAAUCUGUAACUUUUUUUUGAAAAAACUCGGGCCGAUUUUUUUUGAAAAAACUCGGGCCGAUUUUUUUUUGAAAAACUCGGGCCGAUUUUUUUUUUACAUUUUUGGAUUAUUCCAAAUCUGUAACUUUUUUUUUUGAAAAAUCUCGGGCCGAUUUUUUUUUGAAAAAACUCGGGCCGAUUUUAUUUUGAAAAAACUCGGGCCGAUUUUUCUUGAAAAAACUCGGGCCGAUUUUUUUUUUGAAAAACUCGGGCCGAUUUUUUUUUUACAUUUUUGGAUUAUUCCAAAUCUGUAACUUUUUUUUUUGAAAAAACUCGGGCCGAUUUUUUGAAAAAACUCGGGCCGAUUUUAUUUUGAAAAAACUCGGGCCGAUUUUUCUUGAAAAAACUCGGGCCGAUUUUUUUUUGAAAAACUCGGGCCGAUUUUUUUUUGAAAAACUCGGGCCGAUUUUUUUUUGAAAAAACUCGGGCCGAUUUUUUUUUUGAAAAACUCGGGCCGAUUUUUUUUUUGAAAAACUCGGGCCGAUUUUUUUUUUGAAAAACUCGGGCCGAUUUUUUUACAUUUUUGGAUUAUUCCAAAUCUGUAACUUUUUUUUUUGAAAAACUCGGGCCGAUUUUUUUUUUGAAAAACUCGGGCCGAUUUUUUUUUGAAAAACUCGGGCCGAUUUUUUUUUUUGAAAAACUCGGGCCGAUUUUUUUUUUGAAAAACUCGGGCCGAUUUUUUUUACAUUUUUGGAUUAUUCCAAAUCUGUAACUUUUUUUUUUGAAAAACUCGGGCCGAUUUUAUUUUGAAAAAACUCGGGCCGAUUUUAUUUUGAAAAAAACUCGGGCCGAUUUUUUUUUUGAAAAACUCGGGCCGAUUUUUUUUUUGAAAAACUCGGGCCGAUUUUUUUUACAUUUUUGGAUUAUUCCAAAUCUGUAACUUUUUUUUGAAAAAUCUCGGGCCGAUUUUUCUUGAAAAAACUCGGGCCGAUUUUUUUUUACAUUUUUGGAUUAUUCCAAAUCUGUAACUUUUUUUUUUGAAAAAACUCGGGCCGAUUUUUUUUACAUUUUUGGAUUAUUCCAAAUCUGUAACUUUUUUUUGAAAAAUCUCGGGCCGAUUUUUUUUUGAAAAAACUCGGGCCGAUUUUUUGAAAAAACUCGGGCCGAUUUUAUUUUGAAAAAACUCGGGCCGAUUUUAUUUUGAAAAACUCGGGCCGAUUUUUUUUUUUGAAAAACUCGGGCCGAUUUUUUUUUUGAAAAACUCGGGCCGAUUUUUUUGAAAAACUCGGGCCGAUUUUUUUUUUUGAAAAACUCGGGCCGAUUUUUUUUUUUUUGAAAAACUCGGGCCGAUUUUUUUUACAUUUUUGGAUUAUUCCAAAUCUGUAUAUUUUUUUUGAAAAACUCGGGCCGAUUUUAUUUUGAAAAAAACUCGGGCCGAUUUUUUUUUUGAAAAACUCGGGCCGAUUUUUUUUUUGAAAAACUCGGGCCGAUUUUUUUUUUGAAAAACUCGGGCCGAUUUUUUUUACAUUUUUGGAUUAUUCCAAAUCUGUAACUUUUUUUUUUGAAAAAACUCGGGCCGAUUUUAUUUUGAAAAAAACUCGGGCCGAUUUUUUUUUUUUGAAAAACUCGGGCCGAUUUUUUUUACAUUUUUGGAUUAUUCCAAAUCUGUAACUUUUUUUUUUGAAAAAACUCGGGCCGAUUUUAUUUUGAAAAAAACUCGGGCCGAUUUUUUUUUUGAAAAACUCGGGCCGAUUUUUUUUUUGAAAAACUCGGGCCGAUUUUUUUUUUGAAAAACUCGGGCCGAUUUUUUUUACAUUUUUGGAUUAUUCCAAAUCUGUAACUUUUUUUUUUGAAAAAACUCGGGCCGAUUUUAUUUUGAAAAAACUCGGGCCGAUUUUAUUUUGAAAAAAACUCGGGCCGAUUUUUUUUUUUGAAAAACUCGGGCCGAUUUUUUUGAAAAACUCGGGCCGAUUUUUUUUUGAAAAACUCGGGCCGAUUUUUUUUUGAAAAACUCGGGCCGAUUUUUUUUUUUUGAAAAACUCGGGCCGAUUUUUUUUUUGAAAAACUCGGGCCGAUUUUUUUUUGAAAAACUCGGGCCGAUUUUUUUUACAUUUUUGGAUUAUUCCAAAUCUGUAACUUUUUUUUGAAAAACUCGGGCCGAUUUUUUUUUUGAAAAACUCGGGCCGAUUUUUUUUUUGAAAAACUCGGGCCGAUUUUUUUUUACAUUUUUGGAUUAUUCCAAAUCUGUAACUUUUUUUUUGAAAAAUCUCGGGCCGAUUUUUCUUGAAAAAACUCGGGCCGAUUUUUUUUUACAUUUUUGGAUUAUUCCAAAUCUGUAACUUUUUUUUGAAAAAACUCGGGUCGAUUUUUUUUUUACAUUUUUGGAUUAUUCCAAAUCUGUAACUUUUUUUUUGAAAAAUCUCGGGCCGAUUUUUUUUUGAAAAAACUCGGGCCGAUUUUUUUUGAAAAAACUCGGGCCGAUUUUUCUUGAAAAAACUCGGGCCGAUUUUUUUUUACAUUUUUGGAUUAUUCCAAAUCUGUAACUUUUUUUUGAAAAAUCUCGGGCCGAUUUUUUUUUGAAAAAACUCGGGCCGAUUUUUUUUGAAAAAUCUCGGGCCGAUUUUUUUUUACAUUUUUGGAUUAUUCCAAAUCUGUAACUUUUUUUGAAAAAACUCGGGCCGAUUUUUUUUGAAAAAACUCGGGCCGAUUUUUUUUUACAUUUUUGGAUUAUUCCAAAUCUGUAACUUUUUUUUGAAAAAACUCGGGCCGAUUUUUUUUACAUUUUUGGAUUAUUCCAAAUCUGUAACUUUUUUUGAAAAAUCUCGGGCCGAUUUUUUUUUGAAAAAACUCGGGCCGAUUUUUUUGAAAAAACUCGGGCCGAUUUUAUUUUGAAAAAACUCGGGCCGAUUUUAUUUUGAAAAACUCGGGCCGAUUUUUUUUUUGAAAAACUCGGGCCGAUUUUUUUGAAAAACUCGGGCCGAUUUUUUUUUGAAAAACUCGGGCCGAUUUUUUUUUUUGAAAAACUCGGGCCGAUUUUUUUUUUUGAAAAACUCGGGCCGAUUUUUUUUACAUUUUUGGAUUAUUCCAAAUCUGUAACUUUUUUUUUUGAAAAACUCGGGCCGAUUUUAUUUUGAAAAAACUCGGGCCGAUUUUAUUUUGAAAAAAACUCGGGCCGAUUUUUUUUUUGAAAAACUCGGGCCGAUUUUUUUUUUGAAAAACUCGGGCCGAUUUUUUUUUUUUGAAAAACUCGGGCCGAUUUUUUUACAUUUUUGGAUUAUUCCAAAUCUGUAACUUUUUUUUUUGAAAAAACUCGGGCCGAUUUUUUUUUGAAAAACUCGGGCCGAUUUUUUUUUGAAAAACUCGGGCCGAUUUUUUUUUUUGAAAAACUCGGGCCGAUUUUUUUUUUGAAAAACUCGGGCCGAUUUUUUUUACAUUUUUGGAUUAUUCCAAAUCUGUAAUUUUUUUUUUUUGAAAAACUCGGGCAGAUUUUUUUUUUGAAAAACUCGGGCCGAUUUUUUUUUUGAAAAACUCGGGCCGAUUUUUUUUUGAAAAACUCGGGCCGAUUUUUUUUACAUUUUUGGAUUAUUCCAAAUCUGUAACUUUUUUUUGAAAAACUCGGGCCGAUUUUUUUUUUGAAAAACUCGGGCCGAUUUUUUUUUGAAAAACUCGGGCCGAUUUUUUUUUUUUUUGAAAAACUCGGGCCGAUUUUUUUUUUGAAAAACUCGGGCCGAUUUUUUUUACAUUUUUGGAUUAUUCCAAAUCUGUAACUUUUUUUUUUGAAAAACUCGGGCCGAUUUUUUUUUCGAAAAACUCGGGCCGAUUUUUUUUUUGAAAAACUCGGGCCGAUUUUUUUUACAUUUUUGGAUUAUUCCAAAUCUGUAACUUUUUUUUUUGAAAAACUCGGGCCGAUUUUUUUUUUGAAAAACUCGGGCCGAUUUUUUUUACAUUUUUGGAUUAUUCCAAAUCUGUAACUUUUUUUUUUGAAAAACUCGGGCCGAUUUUUUUUUUUUGAAAAACUCGGGCCGAUUUUUUUUUUAACAUUUUUGGAUUAUUCCAAAUCUGUAACUUUUUUUUUUGAAAAAACUCGGGCCGAUUUUUUUUUUGAAAAACUCGGGCCGAUUUUUUUACAUUUUUGGAUUAUUCCAAAUCUGUAACUUUUUUUUUUUGAAAAACUCGGGCCGAUUUUUUUUUUUGAAAAACUCGGGCCGAUUUUUUUUUGAAAAACUCGGGCCGAUUUUUUUUUUUUGAAAAACUCGGGCCGAUUUUUUUUUUUUGAAAAACUCGGGCCGAUUUUUUUUACAUUUUUGGAUUAUUCCAAAUCUGUAACUUUUUUUUGAAAAACUCGGGCCGAUUUUAUUUUGAAAAAACUCGGGCCGAUUUUAUUUUGAAAAAAACUCGGGCCGAUUUUUUUUUGAAAAACUCGGGCCGAUUUUUUUUUUGAAAAACUCGGGCCGAUUUUUUUACAUUUUUGGAUUAUUCCAAAUCUGUAACUUUUUUUUUUGAAAAAACUCGGGCCGAUUUUUUUUUUGAAAAACUCGGGCCGAUUUUUUUUUUGAAAAACUCGGGCCGAUUUUUUUUUUGAAAAACUCGGGCCGAUUUUUUUUUUUUGAAAAACUCGGGCCGAUUUUUUUUUUUGAAAAACUCGGGCCGAUUUUUUUGAAAAACUCGGGCCGAUUUUUUUUUUGAAAAACUCGGGCCGAUUUUUUUUUUGAAAAACUCGGGCCGAUUUUUUUUUUGAAAAACUCGGGCCGAUUUUUUUUUACAUUUUUGGAUUAUUCCAAAUCUGUAACUUUUUUUUUUGAAAAAACUCGGGCCGAUUUUUUUUUUGAAAAACUCGGGCCGAUUUUUUUUUUGAAAAACUCGGGCCGAUUUUUUUUUUGAAAAACUCGGGCCGAUUUUUUUUUUGAAAAACUCGGGCCGAUUUUUUUUUGAAAAACUCGGGCCGAUUUUUUUUUUGAAAAACUCGGGCCGAUUUUUUUUUUGAAAAACUCGGGCCGAUUUUUUUUUUGAAAAACUCGGGCCGAUUUUUUUUUUGAAAACUCGGGCCGAUUUUUUUUUUGAAAAACUCGGGCCGAUUUUUUUUUUUUGAAAAACUCGGGCCGAUUUUUUUUUUGAAAACUCGGGCCGAUUUUUUUUUUGAAAAACUCGGGCCGAUUUUUUUUUUGAAAAACUCGGGCCGAUUUUUUUUUUUGAAAAACUCGGGCCGAUUUUUUUUUUGAAAAACUCGGGCCGAUUUUUUUUACAUUUUUGGAUUAUUCCAAAUCUGUAACUUUUUUUUUUGAAAAAACUCGGGCCGAUUUUUUUUUUUUUGAAAAACUCGGGCCGAUUUUUUUUUUGAAAAACUCGGGCCGAUUUUUUUUUUGAAAAACUCGGGCCGAUUUUUUUUUUGAAAAACUCGGGCCGAUUUUUUUUUUGAAAAACUCGGGCCGAUUUUUUUUUUUGAAAAACUCGGGCCGAUUUUUUUUACAUUUUUGGAUUAUUCCAAAUCUGUAACUUUUUUUUUUGAAAAAACUCGGGCCGAUUUUUUUUUUGAAAAACUCGGGCCGAUUUUUUUUGAAAAACUCGGGCCGAUUUUUUUUUUGAAAAACUCGGGCCGAUUUUUUUGAAAAACUCGGGCCGAUUUUUUUUUUGAAAAACUCGGGCCGAUUUUUUUUUUGAAAAACUCGGGCCGAUUUUUUUUUUGAAAAACUCGGGCCGAUUUUUUUACAUUUUUGGAUUAUUCCAAAUCUGUAACUUUUUUUUUUGAAAAAACUCGGGCCGAUUUUUUUUUUGAAAAACUCGGGCCGAUUUUUUUGAAAAACUCGGGCCGAUUUUUUUUUUGAAAAACUCGGGCCGAUUUUUUUUUUUGAAAAACUCGGGCCGAUUUUUUUUUUGAAAAACUCGGGCCGAUUUUUUUUUUGAAAAACUCGGGCCGAUUUUUUUUUUGAAAAACUCGGGCCGAUUUUUUUUUUGAAAAACUCGGGCCGAUUUUUUUUUUGAAAAACUCGGGCCGAUUUUUUUUUUGAAAAACUCGGGCCGAUUUUUUUUUUUGAAAAACUCGGGCCGAUUUUUUUUUUGAAAAACUCGGGCCGAUUUUUUUUUUGAAAAACUCGGGCCGAUUUUUUUUUUGAAAAACUCGGGCCGAUUUUUUUUUGAAAAACUCGGGCCGAUUUUUUUUUUGAAAAACUCGGGCCGAUUUUUUUUACAUUUUUGGAUUAUUCCAAAUCUGUAACUUUUUUUUUUGAAAAAACUCGGGCCGAUUUUUUUUUUUUGAAAAACUCGGGCCGAUUUUUUUUUGAAAAACUCGGGCCGAUUUUUUUUUUGAAAAACUCGGGCCGAUUUUUUUUUUGAAAAACUCGGGCCGAUUUUUUUUUUGAAAAACUCGGGCCGAUUUUUUUUUUUUGAAAAACUCGGGCCGAUUUUUUUUACAUUUUUGGAUUAUUCCAAAUCUGUAACUUUUUUUGAAAAAACUCGGGCCGAUUUUUUUUUUUGAAAAACUCGGGCCGAUUUUUUUUUGAAAAACUCGGGCCGAUUUUUUUUUUGAAAAACUCGGGCCGAUUUUUUGAAAAACUCGGGCCGAUUUUUUUUUUGAAAAACUCGGGCCGAUUUUUUUAUUUGAAAAACUCGGGCCGAUUUUUUUUUUGAAAAACUCGGGCCGAUUUUUUUUUUGAAAAACUCGGGCCGAUUUUUUUUACAUUUUUGGAUUAUUCCAAAUCUGUAACUUUUUUUUUUGAAAAAACUCGGGCCGAUUUUUUUUUUGAAAAACUCGGGCCGAUUUUUUUUUGAAAAACUCGGGCCGAUUUUUUUUUUGAAAAACUCGGGCCGAUUUUUUUAUUUGAAAAACUCGGGCCGAUUUUUUUAGAAAAACUCGGGCCGAUUUUUUUUUUGAAAAACUCGGGCCGAUUUUUUUUUGAAAAACUCGGGCCGAUUUUUUUUUUAAAAACUCGGGCCGAUUUUUUUAUUUGAAAAACUCGGGCCGAUUUUUUUUUUGAAAAACUCGGGCCGAUUUUUUUUACAUUUUUGGAUUAUUCCAAAUCUGUAACUUUUUUUUGAAAAAACUCGGGCCGAUUUUUUUUUUGAAAAACUCGGGCCGAUUUUUUUUUGAAAAACUCGGGCCGAUUUUUUUUUUGAAAAACUCGGGCCGAUUUUUUUAUUUGAAAAACUCGGGCCGAUUUUUUUUUUAGAAAAAACUCGGGCCGAUUUUUUUUUUGAAAAACUCGGGCCGUUUUUUUUUUUGAAAAACUCGGGCCGAUUUUUUUUUUGAAAAACUCGGGCCGAUUUUUUUUUACAUUUUUGGAUUAUUCCAAAUCUGUAACUUUUUUUUUUGAAAAAACUCGGGCCGAUUUUUUUUACAUUUUUGGAUUAUUCCAAAUCUGUAACUUUUUUUGAAAAAACUCGGGCCGAUUUUUUUUUUUUGAAAAACUCGGGCCGAUUUUUUUUUUGAAAAGCUCGGGCCGAUUUUUUUACAUUUUUGGAUUAUUCCAAAUCUGUAACUUUUUUUAAAAAAAUCUCGGGCUGAUUUUUUUUUUGAAAAACUCGGGCCGAUUUUUUUUACAUUUUUGGAUUAUUCCAAAUCUGUAACUUUUUUUUGAAAAAACUCGGGCCGAUUUUUCUUGAAAAAACUCGGGCCGAUUUUUUUUUUGAAAAACUCGGGCCGAUUUUUUUUACAUUUUUGGAUUAUUCCAAAUCUGUAACUUUUUUUUAAAAAAAUCUCGGGCCGAUUUUUUUUUUUUUUGAAAAACUCGGGCCGAUUUUUUUUUACAUUUUUGGAUUAUUCCAAAUCUGUAACUUUUUUUUGAAAAAACUCGGGCCGAUUUUUUUUUUUGAAAAACUCGGGCCGAUUUUUUUUUUACAUUUUUGGAUUAUUCCAAAUCUGUAACUUUUUUUUUUGAAAAAACUCGGGCCGAUUUUUUUUUUUUUGAAAAACUCGGGCCGAUUUUUCUUGAAAAAACUCGGGCCGAUUUUUUUUUUGAAAAACUCGGGCCGAUUUUUUUUUUUGAAAAGCUCGCGCCGAUUUUUUUACAUUUUUGGAUUAUUCCAAAUCUGUAACUUUUUUUUAAAAAAAUCUCGGGCUGAUUUUUUUUUUUGAAAAACUCGGGCCGAUUUUUUUUACAUUUUUGGAUUAUUCCAAAUCUGUAACUUUUUUUUUUGAAAAAACUCGGGCCGAUUUUUUUUUUUUUUUGAAAAACUCGGGCCGAUUUUUCUUGAAAAACUCGGGCCGAUUUUUUUUUUUGAAAAACUCGGGCCGAUUUUUUUUUGAAAAGCUCGCGCCGAUUUUUUUACAUUUUUGGAUUAUUCCAAAUCUGUAACUUUUUUUUAAAAAAAUCUCGGGCUGAUUUUUUUUUUUGAAAAACUCGGGCCGAUUUUUUUUACAUUUUUGGAUUAUUCCAAAUCUGUAACUUUUUUUUUGAAAAAACUCGGGCCGAUUUUUCUUGAAAAAACUCGGGCCGAUUUUUUUUUUGAAAAACUCGGGCCGAUUUUUUUUACAUUUUUGGAUUAUUCCAAAUCUGUAACUUUUUUUUUUAAAAAUCUCGGGCCGAUUUUUUUUUUUUUUUGAAAAACUCGGGCCGAUUUUUUUUACAUUUUUGGAUUAUUCCAAAUCUGUAACUUUUUUUUUUGAAAAAACUCGGGCCGAUUUUUUUUUUUUGAAAAACUCGGGCCGAUUUUUUUUUUACAUUUUUGGAUCUAUAAUUAUCGAGCCAAAUUUCAAGAUUUUAGGCUUAACUCGAUUGUUAUUCAUUUAGUGAGCAUUUAUUGAGUAUUGUCUAAUGAAAAUUAUAUUUUUUUGAUCAACUUUUUUUUUGGUCGAAAAUUUGUAAAUCUGGAAGAGCUUCCAGUUUUACAAAUCCAUGAUUAUCGAGCCAAAUUUCAAGAUUUUAGGCUUAAAAUGAUUGAAAUUCAUUUGUUGAGCUAUUAUUUUUAGGAAUUUGAUACGAAUUUUCAUUCAGGAAAUCUUUAUAAAAUGAAUAUUUUAUAAAUGAUUUUUAUUCUAAUUAAUUUUGAAACAGUCGAUUUUUUUUGAUUUUUGAAUUUAUUUUUUGAUUGUAUGAGGUAACGUAUCAGUUCAGAAAAGCCAUAUAAAAUGUAUCAAAUAAUGUUUUUUAUUAUUUUUUUCGACUUGAAUCACCCCAUAAACGAAAAACUACGACACUUCACGUUUACAGAAAUCAAUUCGGCCGCCCGUUGGCACAAAAUCAAUUGAUGCAAUUGAAAAUGGCUGAUAUGUUGACUGAAAUUUCAUUGGGACUUCAAGGUUGUUUGAGAGUCAGCAGGUUGAAAGUGAGUGCAAAAAAUUCACUGUUUCAAAAAUCGCACUUCUCAAAAUGUUUUUCUUUUGAGAUUGUAGCCUUGCGCACUUUCAGAAACUAUACAAAUGUUUCUGAAAGACGCUGGGCUACCCAAAAAGAAGGAAAAAAAUGUUUAAAAAUGUUUUUUAACAUUGAAAGAUCAAAUGAGACGGACUAGAUUUUAAAAAAAAACCACCAAUUUUCAAGUUUUUUCCAAGAAAAAAAUAAUUUCUCCGAAUCCGCGAUAAUUUUAUGUGAUGAUUCAAUUCGAAAAACAAAUAAAAACAUUUUUUUUUUUGACAAAAAAUUUCUAUUCAAAAAAUUUUUUUUAUUAUUUUUUUUCGACUUUUUUUCGAUCUCCCCAUAAAAUUUUCGAGGAUUUGGAGAAAUUAUUUCUCAAAAAUUUUCUUGAAAAUAUUUUUUCUACAAUUUUUAAAUGUUUUGAAAACGAACUCGAAACUUGGUUUUUUUUCAAAAUCUACUGAAAAUUCUGAAUUUUUAGCUGAAAAUUGGGUAUUUUUGGGUUGAAUAUGAAAUUUUCAAAUUUAUUUUCUGAAUUUUAGUCUUAUGAUCCACGAAAAGUCAAAAAAUGUCGAAAAAACGGUAAAAAUCAGUUUUUCGAGUUUUUCAGCCAAAAAUGAUGACAAAUCUAGAUUUUCGAAGCUUCUGGAGUAAUUUCUGAUGAAAAUUGACCUUCAGAAGUUUUUGCUGAUUUUUCGUAAAAUAAAAAUUUCAAAUUUUGAAAAUAUUUAUAAAAUGAGGUGAAAUAGGGUUCUCGAAGCUUAUUCUACCUCAUUUUAUUAAUUUUUUCGAAAUUUUUUAUUUUACUCAAAAUCAGCAAAAACUUCUGAAGGUCAAUUUUCCUCAGAAAUCACUGCAGAAGCUUCAAAAAUCUCGAUUUGUCAUCAUUUUUGGCUGAAAAACUUGAAAAACUAAUUUUGACCUACUUUUGACAUUUCGUGAAUUGAUCUUUCGAUAUUAAAAAAAAAUUUUAAAAUUGUUUUUUUCGCUCGUAAAUCAGCCCCAAAACCCUUCCAGGACGAGGGCAAAGUCGAAGCCGAGCAAAUCUCGAUUGUCAAACGAAAUUCGUGCGGAAAAUCGUUGGAAAUCGCGCGAAAAGCUCGUGAUAUGCUUGGCGGCAAUGGAAUUGUGGAUGAAUAUCAUAUCAUGAGACAUAUGAUCAAUUUGGAAACUGUCAACACUUAUGAAGGAACUCACGAUGUGCAUGCGUUGAUUUUGGGACGAGCUAUUACAGGGUUGAAUGGGUUUUUCUAA